AUGGCUACAAAUGAAACCCUACGGAGUGCCAAACGAGAAUUACGGGCUGCAGUCGCAAAACGACUCGAUGCAUUAGAUACGGAAUCCGUUCGAGAGCAAUCUCGGGUAGUACUUUCCCUCCUAACCAGCUUGCCUGAGUAUCGGCAAGCUCAGCGCAUCAGCAUAUACCUAUCCAUGCCAACCGGCGAAGUCGACACGACGGCAAUUGUGCAAGAUGCGUUUGGGCAAGGGAAACGAGUCUUUAUACCAUUUACGCACAAAGCCAUGCCCGCUCCCACACAGGGCGAAGACCAAAAACCUUCAGUCAUGGAUAUGGUAUCACUAGACUCCCCCGAGGAUUACCAAGGACUCAAACGGAACAGUUGGGGGAUCCCGACUCCAACGAAAAAAUCUCUGGAAACCCGAGAGAAUUGCAUAGACGAAUUGAGGGCUGGCAAGGCUGGUUUAGAUCUGAUUGUGAUGCCUGGAGUAGCAUUCGACGGCGGGGGCAGGCGUUUAGGUCACGGGAAGGGGUACUAUGAUUAUUUUCUGAGAAGAUAUAGUGAGGAAGCCGGUGGGAAAGUGCCCUUCACAGGUCCGUACAAUCAAGUCAUUAAAUUCCAGGAUAAUACUGAAAUUUCAGAGUUUAUAGUUGGAGUCGCAUUGAAGGACCAGUUCCUAGACCCCCCAGCAAAUGUUCCUGUCGGGGACAAAGACUGGCCCCUAGACGUAAUAAUUGUCGGAGAUGGCUCGGUGGUUCGUCGAUGA